AUGAAGGAUUUCGAAAAUUUCUAUGACUAUGGUUCAUUUGAUGAAUACGACGUUGUUAGAAUUCCCUAUAAGAUCUCACAUGAGUAUGAUCAGAAUCUCUCGAGCUCAAGGCGAUUCUCUAUGGUCAUUAUCCUUCCGAAAGCAAGAAUAGGGCUACCAAAAUUGAUUGAAAAGUUUCAAGAGAGCCCUCAUCCUCUAACAAGCCAGCAUUUGAAAAUGAAGAACGAGUUGAUAACGUGUUUAUCUAUUCCAAGGUUUAAGCUCUCGUACAAUUUUAUACCUUUGGAUGAUAUGCAAGAAUUGGGGUUAACAUUGCCAUUUGAUUUCAACGAUGAGCUCGAUGGUUUGAUUGAAGAUAAUGACCACGCCGUCUCACUAAAAGUUUCUAGAAUCAUCCGACAUAUUCAAGUUGAAUGCAAUGAGAAAGGCACAGAAGUAAUAGCUUGCACUUAUGACUCAGAUGAUGAUAUGGGUUUUAGUCUUGAGUCGCCGCCACCUCCAAAGCGGAUUACACGGUUCAUCGCUGAUCAUCCCUUUAUCUUUAUGAUCAAAGAAGAUGUCAGUGACUAUAUUUUUCCUUGGCGCCAUAUUCAAUCCUCUGGAUAA